AUGCCCGCCCCGCAGUGCGCCUCUUGCCACACGGCGCGCGCCGCCCUCCGCCGUCCGCGCUCGGGCCAGGCGCUGUGCGGCGCCUGCUUCUGCGCCGCCUUCGAGGCCGAGGUGCUGCACACAGUGGUCGCAGGCCGCCUGCUGCCUCCUGGCGCCGUGGUGGCCGUGGGCGCCUCGGGCGGCAAGGACUCCACGGUGCUGGCGCACGUGCUGCGCGAGCUGGCCCCGCGCCUGGGCAUCUCGCUGCUCCUCGUGGCGGUGGACGAGGGCAUCGGCGGCUACCGGGAUGCGGCGCUGGCGGCCGUGCGGCGGCAGGCGGCGCUCUGGGACCUCCCGCUCACCGUCGUGGCCUACGCGGACCUCUUCGGGGGCUGGACGAUGGACGCGGUGGCCCGCAGCACGGCUGGCUCCGGCCGCAGCCGCGCCUGCUGCACCUUCUGCGGGGUGCUGCGGCGCCGCGCGCUGGAGGAAGGGGCGCGCCUCGUGGGAGCCACGCACGUCGUGACCGGACACAACGCGGACGACAUGGCGGAGACGGUGCUCAUGAACUUCCUGCGGGGCGACGCGGGCCGGCUGGCGCGGGGCGGGGGCCUGGGCUCCCCGGGCGAGGGGGGCGCCCUGCCGCGCUGCCGCCCGCUGCAGCUGGCGUCGCAGAAGGAGGUGGUGCUGUACGCGCACUUCCGCCGCCUCGACUACUUCUCCGAGGAGUGCGUGUACGCGCCCGAGGCCUUCCGCGGCCACGCGCGCGACCUGCUCAAGAUGCUGGAGGCGGCGCGGCCGUCGGCGGUGCUGGACCUGGUGCACUCGGCCGAGCGCCUGGCGCUGGCCCCGGCCGCGCGGCCCCCGCCGCCCGGCGCCUGCUCCCGCUGCGGGGCGCUGGCCAGCCGCGCGCUCUGCCAGGCCUGCGCGCUCCUGGACGGCCUGAACCGCGGCCGGCCCCGCCUGGCCAUCGGCAAGGGCCGCCGGGGGCUGGACGAGGAGGGGCCGCCGCGGGAGCCGCAGCCGUCCCGACUGCCGACUUCCGAGCCGGUCCCCGACUUCUAG